AGAGAUACCAUGAGAUACCAAGAGGACAGAAAAGGAGAGCACUCUCGCCCCCCCCUUACCGCAAAUUUGCCAGCCCCCUUGCCCGUUCUCCCACUUCGUGCUCGGUCCAGAGAUUCUUAGGUCCAUGGCGGGAACGGAUGCGGAGAGCUGACGCGAUCGACCCCCUAGCCUUUCGACCGAACCGUGGCGGGAAUGUUACGCCCUCUGCUCCGAAUACUCUCGUGACGAGCUUUAUUUAUUUACUACCCGGAGCAAAUCGGUAACUCGGAACGUAAUCCGGUCGUGAAAGAGGCACCCCUUUUUCUCUCGCGGCUGUGCGAGCCUCACACGUCGGUCGCUUCGGCGAUAUCGGAAGCAGCUAUGUCCAAUGAGGAACGCCUGAAGAAACUACUGUCGGAUCUGGGAAAGGCUACCCUUCGUGGAGUCCGAAAAUGUCAUAAGUGCGGGACGUACAAUGGAUCGCGUGGUCUCUGCUGUAAGAACAAAUUUUGCGACGCGGUGUUCAAGGAGCCGGGCGAGAAGCGGAAAUUGUCCACGGAGGCGUGCAAGCUCAUCACAGGCUCGACGGUGCAAGUGUUCUCUGUACGAGUCAAGGAUAAGGGACCUGAUUACCGCGGCUUCGUGCAAUUGCCGUUGAUAAAUUCCGCGAUUUUGAACAACACAAUUACGACGCUUAUCUCACAAACCACCGCAUUGUGCUUCGUGGACAGCUGUGAGAGAAGUUUUCAUACCAGCGUCCUCAAAUGUCACGAGAAAGAUUAUUCAAAUACUGUGUUCCCGUGCCAGCACAUUCAAACGGCAUUAAAAUGUUACGCGGAAGCGCAGCCAUUAACUCUGAAGAAUUCUAUAUUGUCGUCGUUGAAUGUAGAUAAUGAGAUCAAGCAAGAUAUAUGGCUGUUAGCGACGGAUACUUCUGGCCCCUUAGUACAAAGAGUCUCCAAGAAUGUAAUGGCGGUGAAAUGUAAAGCUUCACCGAAACAUCCCCUAGGCUAUCUUCACUUUUCUUUCUUCGUUAGUAAAUUAAAGGAUAGAGUAGAACAUCGUUACUUCUGCAGUUGCACUACGUUUAAGGGUAUAACAAAGAUAGACGAUAAAGGUGACUUUAGCACUUCGUCGUCGUCGGAAUCAAAGCGAUGCGUGCACUUUUACGCAUGCAUUUGUGCUUUUGCUAGCGAUCCAAAGCUAACCGAAGAGUUUAGAUUACAUAAAUAUUACAUAAAUUUAGAUCAAAUGCAGUCUAGUGUAGAAAAGCCUCUAGCAACUGUGCCGCAGAGUGAGGAAGAGGAAAAAAUUAUUGGAAUUGAUCUCGGUAGUUUAACCACUGAUGAAACCGACGCACACCUAUUAAUUUUUCGUGAUGACACGUUAACUGUACAAAGUUUGGAUGGAAACAGAUUAGACUUGGAUUCUAUAAAUUUGGAUUCUUCGAUUUUGCCGCACGGUAUUGUCGAAAAUAUAGAAGUAGAGUGCGAUCGCAGCUUAUUAGACGAUAACACUAUAAUAUCACAAGUUCAUAAUUUAGAAGUAAUUGAUCAAAAUGGUGUUCAAUUGGGAGGAGGAAGUACCAUAAAAAUACUGGAUGAUCGAGGGACGAUGGAUACAAAGUACAAUGUGCUCAAUAGCAGUCAAUACAUAUUAAAUGAUAAUAACAUAAAAAUAUUAGAUCCAAGUACGCUGAAGGUUCUCGAUGCCAGUGCCGUGUUGGAUGUGACUAAUGCAAAGCUCGUUGAUGCUAACGUUACCUUAAAUAACAGCGGUGUUAAAAUAGGUGACAGAAAUGCAACAGUACAUAAUAAUAAUAAAAGUACAUCAAAUUCCGAAGGUAACGCAUCGCAACCGACCAUUUCGACGAAAAGGAAAAGAGACGAGAAGCACAUAAACAAUAGUAACUCGAAUCUAAAUUCGAUUGAGUUAAGAAAGACGAAGGCAAGAUCGCAGAUCGUUAAAAAGUACCAAAACACUUACGACGACUUGGACGAGUCCAGCACGAGCUUGCCGUUUAUCAAGUGGCUCGCUUCGAUAACCGAGCGAAUAAAUCAGACGAUGCAUUUCCAGUUCGACGGCAAGCCCGAUCCUCUGGUGUUCCACGUGCCGCAGAUAUUCUUCGACUGCUUACGCGAACGAAUAUCAUGCGGCGGCAAGAAGAAACGUUUGCCGAAUUCGACGACGGCAUUUGUCAGGAAAGACGGGGUACCGCUUGGAACGUUCACUAAAUACACGUGGCAGAUUACAAAUAUAUUACACGUAAAGAGUAUCUUCGAGACACCGUACAUACCUUUGGAGAUUACGAGAAGUUUCGUGCAGAACGCCGAUGGAACGUAUGAAUUGUAUAAGCGAGAGGAAACGGAGAUAGAUCGUUUCAAAAAGACGAAUAACAAUGCGUUGAUUAAACCGUUAGAGCUGAAAACGUAUUUAAAAGUGGGGAACACUUCUCCAAAUCAAGUCGAACCUACACCAUUUUUGAUAGAAUGGAUACCGGAUAUUUUGCCAAUCUCAAAAAUUGGUGAGCUUAGAAUUAGGUUUGAAUUUGGACAUGUAAAGAACGAAACGAGCCAUAGAAGAAAAGGUACCUUUUCUAAACAUGAUUAACAUUUUCAUUUUUAAAGUUAUCAACUUUAUACUUUUUUAUCAUAAAUAUUUAAACGAUACUUGAAGAUUUACAAGACAAAGGACACUUCACAAGAACAAUUAUUAUCUCAUUAAGAGUUACAAAUGCAAUGUUAUAAUUUAUUAAAAUAAUUCAAAUUUUAUUAGCAAAUGAUAUGAAAAUAAUUGUAUAUUUUUAACAUAAGUCCAAAUGUUAAUAUGCUUUUACAUCAAUGAUUCGAAGACUGAUGCAAUUUUCACAAUUAAACAAUUGCAGUGUGAUUUAAUCAGAAACAUUCAAUAUUGCUUUAUAAUUAAUGAGAUUUGAGAAAUCUUUUCUUUAUGCGUAUAGUAUUCACGAUUAGCGAUGUACGAUAGGCGCUGUACAAUUUCCUUUUCUUCAUUCUCUAUCUCGCGUUCUUAACUUAAUUUUAUGAGAAAAUUAUCAUCAAAUGUCACACACAUGAAUUGUGUUAACAUUAUUAACUAUUGCAUCGUAACGUUUGAAAGAUGUAAUAUAUAUUGUAAAUAUAUAUAUUUUAGAUUCUAAUACUAUUAUGUAAAAAGAUAUUAGUAUUUAUAUUAUUUAACAUUAUUGGCUCUGUUUUGUGAAUAUUUAAACUUUGACAUAAAUUUAUUUAAAUUACAUUACAUAAUGAAUAUGUAUAUAUUAUGUUAUUAUAUGACAC